AUCUUUUAUCAGCUGAUCUGCUUACUAUGAUUGCUAACAUUUCUGGAUGUCUGCCUUAUAUGUUGCCACCAAAAUGUCCAAACAAUUGCUUAGCUAAUAAAUAUCGACUCAUCACUGGUGCCUGCAAUAACAGGGAACAUACUAGAUGGGGAGCAUCCAACACAGCCUUGGCUAGAUGGCUCCCGCCAACCUAUGAAGAUGGACUCAGUCAACCUCGAGGAUGGGAUCCCAGCGUUCGAUACAAUGGAGUCCAGCUACCCCUGGUUCGAGAGGUGACAAGGAAGAUAAUUCACGCAUCUAACGAGGCUGUCACCGAAGACAACCUAUAUUCUGACAUCAUUAUGGUGUGGGGACAGUACAUAGACCAUGACAUUUCAUUCACACCUCAGAGCAUAAGUAGAACCAGCUUUUUAACAGGAAAGGAGUGUCAGAUGACAUGUGAAAGACAAAAUCCAUGCUUUCCGAUAAAGGUAACAACCAAUGAUACAUUAUCCGAAGGCAUGGAUUGCCUGCCCUUCUAUCGCUCAUCUCCUACAUGUGGCAUUGGUGAUCACAGUAUUCUCUUUGGAAAUCUAUCAGCACUAAAUCCAAGACAACAGAUCAAUGGCUUAACCUCUUUCAUUGAUGCUUCUACUGUCUAUGGGAGCACUUCCACUGUUGAAAACAAGCUGAGGAAUUUAACAAGUGAAGAAGGCCUUCUCAAAGUCAACAAUAAACAUCAUGAUAAUGGUCAUGAAUACCUGCCUUUUACAGACCGGGUUCCAUCACCUUGUGCACAGGACUCAAAUGAACGUGAAGAUGAAAGGAUUGAAUGCUUUAUGGCUGGGGACAGCCGAUCGAGUGAGGUCACAUCAUUGACAGCCAUGCACACACUGUGGCUGAGAGAGCACAACCGCCUGGCCCGGGCCCUCAAAACCAUCAACAGCCACUGGAGCGCUGAGACAGUCUACCAAGAAGCAAGGAAAAUUGUUGGAGCUCUCCAUCAGAUUAUUACUUUAAGAGAUUAUAUUCCCAAAAUCAUUGGCCCAGAUGCUUUCAAUCAGUAUAUUGGCCUUUAUAAAGGUUAUGAUCCCACAGUGAAUCCUUCAGUUUCUAACGUAUUUGCAACAGCUGCUUUUCGUUUUGGUCAUGCAACAAUCCAACCGAUAGUAAGGCGAUUGAAUGCACAGUAUUUAGAUGAUCCAGAACUCCCACAUCUUCAUUUGCAUGAAGUUUUCUUUAGUCCUUGGAGGCUUAUUAAAGAAGGAGGCUUGGAUCCAUUGAUAAGGGGUCUUCUUGCACAUCCAGCAAAACUGCAGGUGCAAGGUCAACUGAUGAAUGAAGAGUUAACAGAUAAGCUGUUUGUGUUGUCCAACAAUGGUUCACUUGAUUUAUCAUCACUGAAUUUACAGCGUGGCCGUGAUCAUGGACUCCCAGGUUAUAAUGACUGGCGAGAAUUCUGUGGCUUACCAAAACUGGAAACUCAAGCUGAUCUGAAUACAAUAAUAACUAAUCAGAAAGUUACUGAAAAAAUCAUGGAAUUGUACCAUAAUCCUAGCAAUAUUGAUGUUUGGCUUGGUGGUUUAGUAGAAGACUUUCUUCCAGGUGCUAGAACAGGUCCCCUGUUUGCCUGUUUAAUUGGAAAGCAAAUGAAAGCACUAAGGGAUGGUGAUCGAUUUUGGUGGGAAAAUGAUAAUGUUUUCACUGAAGCUCAAAAGAAUGAACUCAAAAAACACUCUUUGUCUCGCGUGAUUUGUGACAACACAGGGAUUUCUGAUGUGCCAGUAGAUGCCUUUCAACUUGGAAAGUUUCCACAGGAUUUUAAACAUUGUAGUAAUAUAAAUGGAAUGAAUUUAGAAGCUUGGCAAGAAAUCUUUCAGGAAG